UAUGCAGAUUCAAGUUCAAAUGUCUGCAUAGAGGACUCGUAUAUAUCUACAGGAGAUGAUCUUGUGGCUGUGAAGAGUGGGUGGGAUGAGUAUGGGAUUGCAUAUGGUCGCCCUAGCUAUGGUAUAACCAUCCGGCGUCUAACAGGAUCAUCUCCAUUUGCUGGCAUUGCAGUUGGCAGUGAAACCUCUGGUGGGGUGGAGAAUGUGCUUGCUGAACACAUUAACCUCUUCAACAUGGGAGUUGGUAUCCACAUUAAGACAAACAGUGGCAGGGGAGGGCUUAUCAAGAAUAUAACAGUGUCCCAUGUGUAUAUGGAGAAAGCAAGGAAGGGAAUAAAAAUUGCAGGUGAUGUGGGGGGUCAUCCGGAUGAUAAGUAUGAUCCUAAUGCUCUCCCAGUUGUCAAGGGUAUCACAAUUAAGAAUGUUUGGGGUGUGAAGGUUCUGCAGGCAGGUUUGAUACAAGGGUUGAGAAAUUCCCCUUUCACUGAUAUUUGUCUCUCUGAUAUCAACCUUCACGGUAUGACAGGACCUAGAAAUCCCCCUUGGAAAUGUUCUAAUGUGUUUGGAGCUUCUCAUCAGGUUAGCCCAUCGCCAUGUUCUCAGCUGAGCAGCCAAGAGCCUGGAUCAUGUGCUGAUUACUCCUGAGAUAAGAUAUUUUUCCUUUCUUCAAAUAUUGUAGUAAUUAAGUGCUUCUUUUAUUGAUUUAUUAGAAUGGAAGGCAAUGAAUCAUUCCCUUUUGAAUUAUAUUAUAUGAUAUGCAAGUAAAUUUAGUAACAUGAUGAGGAUCAUGUGUCAAAAAACAUACAUUAAUUGUGACAGCCAAACGGUUAAUUACAUUCUUCUUCAAAACUUGAAAUCUUGAAUGAUUAAGAUAUUAGGAUCAUCUCUGAAGGUCACUUUGAUCUAAUGUUCCACGCUAAUUGGAAGCAAGUAUGCGAAUGAUUAUAUUUUAAACUAUGUCUAUAUACUUAUUCAAUUUUAUAUAUUAGCCAAUACAUUGUAAGGUUAUAAAAACCUGAUGAAUUCUUAUGGUAAAUUCAUCUUCCCAAGUGGCUUACUCCAAGGUCUUUGCCUUACAAUUAACCAGCCACUAAGUAAUGAUAUGAAAUCCAUUGAAAUUUAUUCGCAUACCAGGUUUGAGAUUAUUUAAAGGUUGUAACAAGCCAGCAGUGAACAUAGCCAAAUAUUUGUCUCUGACAGACAUUUACAACCCCUUACGUAUUACUGUACCCUAGUCUUCACGCUGUUCCAAUAAAGGUUUUCUACCAAAAGGCUGGUAAUCCAAGGAGACGUGCUUGGAAUACAAGUCUGACUGAUUAAUAUAAGCAUAUGCUAGAAUGAGUAACAUGGUCUAAAAUCAGGUUUUUCCUUGAGAUCAGAAAUAAUUUCUUGGAGUCCAUUACCACUUCUUAAGCCUACUUACUACACUCUGGAUAAGAGAGUAACAUGAAGUACUUCAUUUUCAUGCAUUCUUGGUAAGACAAGUUGUCUUAUUCUCUUACUUAUGUAUGAUUUCUAAUUAGUAACCAAGUUACCUGGCCAUCCAACACUACUGGUUAGGGUUUGUGAUCCUCUAUUGAAGCAAAGUGUUUUAGGUUCUUUUGGUAUGUAUAAAUCCAAAACUUCUCUCCAAAAGAUACGGCCUCCAAUACGGGAUAGAUAAAGUCACCACCAUAACUUUUUUUUCUUAUGCAGAUUUUGAUAAAGAUCUGUCAGAGAGCCUUGCUAUAGAAAAUCAAGUGGCCUUCCAUUUUGCAUCUAUAAUGCUCAUAACCUGGUGCCAGAGGAAUCGCAAUCAAACUUGGAUUUCUGUGUGAAAUUAUGAAGUGCAAGUACUGGAGAUGAAGUGAGUACUCUCUUAAGGGCAUCAAAAGCCUCUUGGAUGUUGCUUCCCAAUGGAACCCCUCCUUUUCAAUCAAUUUUGUCAAUGGUUUUGCAAUCUUCUUAUACCCUUCAAUAAGCUUUCGAUAGCAUACAGUGAGCCCCUAAAAUUCCUCUACUCCCUUCACAUCUCUCGGUAUAGUCAAUUCAAU